GGGGAGAGGGGAUAAGGACAAAGAUGCAGAAUCCAAUUUUACUGUUACUUUUGGAUUUGAAGAUAUAUUUUGGAUUUUUGGUUGUUUUUGUUACUCUUCCAGCAGAGGGAAAAAUCUCCUCUACCUUUUUUUUUUUUUUUUUUGCAGGAAAUGAUGCCAACAUCUAUAUAGAACAGAUUUUGAAGUUUCAUCAAAGAUUGUCAUUUUUACAAGAAGAAAAUAAAAAAAGAUCUCUACAGCUAUCAAAUAUCUUGAAUAAAAUCAAAUGUGUUACUUCAGAAAGAAAAGUUCCUGCCAAAGGACUAAAAGAUAAUAUGAAUUUGAACAACCUUGGAUUUUCCAGUGUAAACUUCAGUCAGUUUAAUAGUCUUUACUACUAUCUGCCUCAUCUAAGGGGUCAUGAAAACAAUAUUUAUCCAAAUAUAAUCUUUGGGAAAAAUAGAACAGGAGCUUCUGUGGUGAUCGGUAUUCCUACCAUAAAAAGAGAAAAAGAAAAUUAUCUGAUGGAAACACUGGAUUCUCUUUUCUCCCAAAUGAGCAAAUCAGAAGAAGAGGAAUCUCUUGUGAUUGUCUUUGUAGCUGAGGUUGAUGAAACUUACAUUAAUACUCUUGCACAAAUAGUCAAAAAUAGAUUUCCCCCAAAAGUGAAUUCUGGAGUCUUAGAGAUGAUUUCUCCACCAGCCUUUUAUUAUCCAUCCUUUUUAGAACUCAAGUUAUUGUUUGGGGACUCAGAAAAAAGAGUGAGGUGGAGGACCAAACAAAACCUGGAUUAUAGCUUCUUGAUGCUGUAUGCCCAAGAUAAGGGCAAGUUUUACCUGCAGCUAGAAGAUGAUAUUGUAGUCAAGCCAAAGUACUUUAUGGCAAUGAAGGAUUUUGCAGUUGCACAAACUUCUGAUUGGCUUGUACUUGAAUUCUCAAAGCUUGGUUUUAUUGGAAAACUGUUUAAAACCAAAGACUUACCUUUCAUAGUGCAAUUUUUCAUAAUGUUCUACAAAGAUAAACCCAUAGACUGGCUUUUGGAUCAUUUAUUAUAUGUGAAAAUAUGUAAUCCAGAAAGAGAUAAUGUUCACUGUGAGAAGGAAAAACAGAAGCUACGUAUUCGAUUUAAACCUUCUCUCUUUCAACAUAUAGGAAAGUAUUCAUCAUUGCCUGGGAAAAUACAGAAUUUGGAAGAUGCUGAUUUUGAAAAAAAUGAAUUAUAUCUAUUGCAUUCAAAUCCUCCUGCGAGUUUGUUCACUUCUUUAAAAGCCUAUGAGAACUAUUCUUUGGAAAAAGCUUAUUUUAGAAGAGGAAUUUUUUGGGCUCUCUCUCCAAAAGCUGGUGACUAUAUCCUCAUGAAGUUUAGUAACCCAUUGAAAAUAAAGGAGUAUGUUUUUAUAAGUGGAAAUAUUAAACAUCCUGGAGAUAAGCUGUUCAAUACCAAUGUAGAAAUUUUACCUGAAAACGCAACAGAUUUUUUGUCAAAUUCAUUAAGAAAUGGAAGUAAAUGGGACUACGAAGCAACUGAUAAUGGGUUUUUUAAAAUAGGCUGUGCUGAAUUUAGACACGGGAAAGUGCUCAUAAGCUCUGCUUCCACCCUCACUCAGCAACCUUCUGGUUACGAAUGCGGUUUCCGAGAUACCUGGAUACCAGGCAGGGGGGAGGGGCCUGCACUAGAUGGUAGGCACAGGCGCUGGUGGGGAGCGGUUGGGCCGGGAAGGGGAGAUCCUCGACAACCGCACGACGGCAAAGCUGAGCAGCAGCAGCUCUUUGGUUGGGAUGGAGAGCACCAGAGAAACCAUCCCGGAUCAGACAGGUUGGGUUGGCCCAGUCCCCUCCCCCUUUUGCUAUACACCCCCGCCCCACUUCGCAGUCCCGAGGGGCGCGGGCCCAGAGAGAAUCGCCGCGUGUCGCCGCUCGCGCAUGCGCCGUUGGCAGACGCUGCUGAGUGGCCGGCGGCGACUUUGGUCUUGCGGUGGGGUAACCAACCACUAAGUGGCCGCCGGCCGGACAGCCGAAGCGCCGCCGCCGCCUCCUCCGCCUAG